GAGAUGGAAGAGGUGCUUGGAGUGACAUAUCAGCGCAAUGAACAAGGGAGGUGUUGGGUAGCAUAUUACUUAGAGGCUGUCUCUCCUACCUCGAGCCCACCUUCCAGCAGCAGCAGCAGCAGCAGCAGCAGCAACAGCAGCAGCAGCAGCAGCAGCAGCAGCUGCAGCAAGGGAGAACAGAGGUAUCGGGUAGGGAUUCGCCGAUUUCCUGUUGGUGAAGAAGGCUUUGAAGCAGCAAGACAAAAAGCUGUUGCUCUUGUUAAAGCACACCCUUUACCUCCUUCUCUAUUUCAGGUGUAUGAUAGAGAUGUAAUGGAGCGUCUUGCUGCUGCUGCUGCUGCAACAGCAACAACAGCAACAACAGCAACAGCAGCAGCAGCAGCGCAGGCAACAGGAACCUCGAAUACUACCACGACACAACCGUCUGCUCUUGCUACUGCUGUUGCUGCAGCUGCUGCAGCAGCUGCAGCAGCAGCAGCAGCAGAUACGAAGCCAGGGGCAGAUGCAGCAGCAGGAGUAGGAGAGGGCUAUCAAAAGCUGCUGAAUACGCCUAUUCGUCUAGCAAAUACUUUUGCUUCAAUGCCGUCUUGUACAUCGCAUGCAGCACAAUUAGCAGCAAUGGAGAAGAGGCUGCAGCUGCUGCUGCGGGGAACAGACCCCGCAGUCGCCUGGGCAAUUGCUGCUGAAGAAUUGGGAAAGUAUCAAAGCAGAAGCAACGCAGCUGCUGCUGCUGCUGCUGCUGCCGCUGCAGCGGGUGCUGCGGUGGGUGCGGUGAAGGACGAAGAUGUAACUGCUGCAGCAACUACAGCAACAUCAGCAGCAGCAGCAGCAAAUGCAACAACAGCAACCGAUCGCACCCUAACGCCUGCGCCAAUAGCUACACCCAAGGAUGAUGCUUCAUGCAGGCUGCGAAAUUCGGAGGAAGGCAAUGCCCGUGUUGUUGCUGUUGCUGCUGCUGCUGCUGCUGAAGACGUGGCAUGUGCAGCAGCAGCAGGUGCAGGAGCAGGAGCAGGAGGCUGUGCGUCUCCUUCUUCGUGUGUGGCUCCAGCCCCCGGCGCAGCAGCAGCAGCAGCAACAGCAACAGCAACAGCAACAACAACAGCAACAGCAACAGCAGGAGGAGCAGCAGGAAGCGGCGGUGAUAUGGCAUGCGAGGAUUUGUGUUUGUGGGGUGGGGAGUUGGAUCCCUUGCUGGAUACGGGAUCGGGAGACGACGAUCCCCGUGAAGCACGGGAGCAGCUCCUCCCUAAGAUAGGCGGGGUUUAUUAUAAACGCGACGGUAAUUAUAAAGCCUGGGCUGCAAGCUGGCAUAUUAAGGGGAAGCGCGUCAGGCGGUACUUCACAGUUAAGAAGCAUGGGUAUAGGAAUGCUUACCUUCAAGCAGUAAAAGCGAGAAGAGAGGCAGAGCAGCAAGACGGCAUAUGUGUGAAGCAGCGGCAGCACUUGCAGCAGCACGUUCCUCUCUACAAGCAGCAGCAGCAGCAGCAGCAGGAAGAGCACCAGCAGCAGGAGGGACACUUGCAGCAGCAGCAGCAGCAGCAGCAGCAGCAACAGCUGCAACAGCAGCAGCAAGCCACUGCCCCGCCUUCAUCUGAUUCAAGUCUAGCAGAUGGAGCAGACGGAGACAUGCAAAAGGAAGACGGGCUCUCUUUCCCGCCAGCAGCAGCAACAGCAGCAGCAGCAGCAGCAACACCGGCAGCAGCAGCACCAGCAGUAGCAGCAGCAUGUCCUACGGCUGGUUCUGCUGCUGCUGCUGCUGCUGCUGCUGUGGGUGAGCCUCAGGGUCUCCUGCCCUCUCUGUGUAACGAUCGUGCAGGAUUUGCUGCGGAAAGCAGCAACAGCAAUAGCAGCAGCAGCAGCUGCAGCUGCUGCUGCUCUAAAUAUGCCGACGUUAGCGCUUGCUGCAGCACCAGCAGUACCAGCCGCAGCAGCAGCACCAGCAGCAGCAGCAGCAGCAGCAGCAGGCAGGGAGAGAUAGAUUGGAGGGUGGCGAGUCCGCUGCAGCGUGCAGCAUGGGCCUUAGGGUGGCAAGCAGAAGAAUUGCUGCUGCUGCUGCAGCAGCAACUGCAGCAGGGAGCUCAGCUGCCGCAGCACGUUGAGCUCGUCUUAACCAGGGAGGCGCUGCAUGCACUGCUGCUGGACCUCUAUGCGCAUAUCUCUCGCUUGACAGGGAUGGAUUUGGGCGGUGUUUAUAACGGAUGGUUUGCUCUGUCGGGGUGUAUAGCCACAUCGUUAUAUCAGCAGAAUUUGCUGUUGCAGCUGUACGUGCUGCAUAGAGUUGUAAGCUCUGUAAGGUGUAGCAGCAGCUUAGAGGAGUUAAACGGCCUAAAGGAAUUGUUUGCUGCUUCAUUUUGCUUCGGUCUACUUCCUUCAGAGCUGCCUAUAUCUCGUGUACGCAAUUUACUCUUUUGUCUUUGUAAAAGCUCUCUCUUUUGGUUGUCAAAAGAAAUGUAUUUACCGGAGCAGCUGCUCCUAUCUCCUGCACACGUACACCCUGAGGUGUACAUGCAGCAAAAACAAGAAGAUACACACACAGCGCAAACACAUAUGCAUAUACAGCAGCAGCAGCUGCUGCAACAGCAACAGCAACAGCAGCAGCAGCAGCAGCAGCAACAGCAGCAAAUGCUGCUGGCGCAGCGCAAACAUUGCGAACAAACGCAUGCAAAACGCAUGCAGGAGACACCGGAAGAUGCUGCACCGAAUGCACGAGGAAGACAAGUGCAGGCGCAGCAGCAGCAGCAGAAACAGCAGCAGCAAGAACCAGACCCGCAGGAAAACCCGCAGCAAGAACAGCAGCAACAGCCGCAGCAGCAGCAGCAACAGGAAGUUAUUUCAUCCGUCUUGGCAGCUGCAGUGCGGCGGCUGCUCAAAGCCAAAGGCGUGCACGAAGAGCCCCCUCAGCAGCAGCAGCAGCAGCAACAGCAGCAGCAACAACAGCAGCAGCAGGGGAUAGGGUGCUCGUCGUUACCGGAAGUGCAUAGAAAAGGAGUAUUUGAGUUAAAAGGAACUGCUGCACUUUCUUUAAACAAAGAAGAUGAUGAAUUGUCUCUGGCCCCAACCUCAGAAGAAAUUGUCGCCUAUGUCGUGGCACGAGAAAAAAGGGGAGCAUGUGCUGCUGCUGCUGCUGCUGCUGCUGAAGCAGCAGCAGCAGCUGCUGCUGCAGCAGAAUCACUUCUCUCAAAUGCGCAGUGUCAGUCUCACCACGAAUAG